CGGGAGCAGACGACCGACAUUGCAGUGCUAGCACCGGUACCAUGCGAUUUUCGACGGCGAUUAUCCUCCUGAGCCUUCUGGCUCUGGGACUCUGCGAGGAGGCCAAGAAGGAGGCCUCGGCAACCGCGCAACAGGAGUCGAAGGCCGAUGAGUCGAAGGUCGAGAAGCGGCAGGAGAAGCGCGGCCUCUGGGGCCAGGAGGGCGACUUCGGCCACAGCUGGGGCGGCAGCCACGGUUUUGGCGCCGGCAGCCACAGCUGGGGCGGCGGCGGCGGCGGCCACGAGGAGCUCGGCGCCAGCGAGCACUACGAGCACCACGGCCACCAGCAGGAGCACGGCCACGGGCACGAGCACGAGCACGCCAAGAUCAAGCAGAUCACGAUCGAGAAGACGGUGAAGGUGCCCUACCCCGUGGAGAAGGAGGUGCCCUACCCGGUCGAGAAGAAGGUGCCCUACCCCGUGAAGGUCCACGUGCCCCACCCGUACCCCGUGGAGAAGAAGAUCCCCGUCCCGGUGAAGGUCCCGGUGAAGGUGCCCGUCCACAUCCCGGCGCCGUACCCCGUGGAGAAGAAGGUCUACUACCCGGUGCACGUGCCGGUCGAGCGGCCCGUGCCGCACAAGGUCUACGUGCCGGCGCCGUACCCCGUGGAGAAGAAGGUCCACUACCCCGUGAAGGUGCCAGUGCCGCAGCCUUACCCCGUGGUCAAGCACAUCCCGUACCCGGUGAAGGUGCCGGUCCACGUGGCCCACCCGUACCCCGUGAUCAAGAAGGUGCCGGUAGCCGUUAAGGUGCCGGUCGAGAAGCCGGUGCCCUACCCGGUGGAGAAGCCCUACCCCGUGCCGGUCGAGAAGAAGGUCCCCUACCCCGUGGAGAAGCUCGUGCACUACCCGGUUAAGGUGCACGUCGACAAGCCGAGGCCCUACCCGGUCGAGAAGCACGUGCCGUACCCGGUGAAGGUGCCGGUCCCGGCGCCCUACCCCGUCGAGAAGAAGGUGCCCUACACCGUGGAGAAGGAGGUGCCGUACCCGGUGAAGGUGCCGGUCGACAACCCCAUCAAGAUCGAGGUCGAGAAGAAGGUGCCCUACACCGUGCACAAGCCCGUGCCGUACCCGGUCAAGGUGCCGUACCCGGUGCAUAUCCACCACCAGGAGGAGCAGCACGGACAGGAGGAGCAGCACGGACAGGAGGAGUACCAGCACGGACAGGAGGAGUACCAGCACGGCGCCGGUGACUCCGGACACGGCGGCUGGGAGGCCGAGUCCAGCUACGGCAGCGGCGGCGACUGGGAGGGCGACCGGCGCUGAUCCGACCUAGCACAGUCCCUAUUCCCCCUGUACGAUACGCCUCCGCGGUUUGGGAGGGCCGACGAGCGCGGGCGGUCGACUCGGCGGCGCAGUAGGCAAUUAACAUAGACGGAGAGCCGCGCGCGCCCCGCCCCGCGUCAUCACGAUUCUCUGUAUAUUAUUUCAAUUUUUUUUACUUUUUUAUACGAAUUCAUGACAUGACCCGAGCUAUCGACUCGGCAACCGCAUAGCUAGCUCUACGCUGAUUCGCGAGAGGACGAUUGACGAGAAGCUGUAUACGCGACUGGAGCUGCAUUUGGACUAUGUGAUAAUUGUGAUAAAUAAAAAUCUAUUGACAUUGUAACGCACCAGGAAAUUCGACCGAUUUGGUAUUAUCGAGUAUUACUGUUACCUUAUUACUGUCUCCUCGUCGUAUACGCAUCGAACAAUGUACGAUGGCCCACAAGCUGGAGCCUAUACCUUCUUAUUUUUCUAAUAAAACGGAUAAGACCAAAGAAAAACAAAA